AUGGUCACGUAUAGAAAGCUUAAAUCUGUUAACAUGGCUGAUCUUCGCAACAAUCUAGCCUCUUCUGACCUGUGUACUAAUGUUUACAGUGAAAGGCGUAGCCCUGAUGAUCUGGAAAAGCUGGUUGAAAACUACGGAAGAAUGCUGUCCCGUCUGAUUAACUAUCAUGCACCUAUCAAGACUAAGAGGGUAACGACCAGGCCGCAAGUUCCCUUGUACAACGAGGAGAUCGCUUUGGCGAAAAGACAAAGACGUAAAGACAAAAAGACCUGGCGAAGGACCAAAUAAAUAUCGGACUUCCUGAAGUUUAAGAAAAGGAGAAACUGUCACCCUUAUUAUACAUAAAGCACAGACAACUUUUUAUACGGACUUUGUAGAUGACGAUAGCUGUGAUCUUGGGAAGUUGUUUAGAGGAAUGAAAGCACUCCUCGUGCCGAAGGAUAAUCUCUAUGUUCCUGACUACUCUGAUAAUCGCGCUCUAGCUGUUGACAUAGGUGGAUUCUUUUGUCGCAAGAUAAAUAACAUCCGGAAUGAACUUGGAAUCAUUAGAGCCGCUAUGAAAGAAGAGGACAGAGUUAAAGACGACCCUGUAGUAAUGGAGAAUCAGCGCAUAUAUGAGUUUCGUCAGCUCUCUUGUGGAGAUGUCUGCAGCCUUAUCCAGAAGUCAGCUAAAAAGACCUGCACCCUCGACCCAAUUCCAACAUCUAUGGUCGUAGACUAG